AUGAAUUCUUAAAAUUAAAGUUACUUAGAAUCAAAAAAAUGGAAGCAAUAUUUAAAAGAAUAUGAAGUUGAUAAGUUAGAUAAAACAUCAUAAAAACUUAUAAAGACUAAAAUACAGAUCAUAAUUACAUAAGAUAAUUAAAUUAUCUAUUUAUUAGAUGGUGCAGUAUUAAGAAAGUAAAUAAAUAUUUUUAAUUAACUCAAAGUGAAAUACUUUACGAUAUUUCUGAUAAUCUGGAGAUUUUGAAAAUUUUUGAAUUAAUCAAAAAUUUUAAAUGGUUAGGUGAAUAUGGAAAUAACAAAAGAAAAAUAGGUAAAUGGUAAGCUUUUUGGAAAGGAUAACUUUUAAAUUAAGUUGGUGGGUACUAUGAGGAUGGUUAAAAUCGGGUUUUUGGAAAGAACUAAUUGAUUAUUAUUGGGUGUAUAUUAAAUCUUAUCUUAUAAACUAGUUAAGCUCAAGUCUAUAGAAUUGGAUAGUUUAUUAGUAGUAAAAAAAUAGGAGCAUGGAAAUAUGUUUAUAAUAAUAAAAAGAUAUAUUUAUUGAAAUAAAUAAAACAAAUAGUGGCUGAGGAUCAUACAAUAAGGGAAUUUAAAAGAAUAGCAAAUGGAUUGAGUUGAGAGAUGGAUUUUGUAGUUUAUCAUAAAUAGUUUAUAAUGGAGAUUAUAAAUAUAGUAAAAAGGUUGGUAGAUGGUAAACUUUGUAUAGGGAAUAAAGAAAAAGAUAAUUUCGGAAUAAUAUAAAUUGUAAUUACUAGAGUAUUAGUGGUGGUGGAUUAGAUGAUGAAAGGGUUGAAGAUUCAAUAAAGAUUGGCAGGUAUAUAGAAUUGAGUGAUGGGUAUAAUUUUUUGUCUGAAGUCACUUAUAAUGGUGAUUAUUAGAAUGAAAAAAAAGUUGGUAGAUGGGAUACUUUCUUCAAAUUUGGUGAUAAAGGAUUUACAUAGAUGUUGAUAUUAUUAUAAUUAACAGUAAAUUUGCAGUGGCGGUGGAUUAUACGAUGAUUAAGUAGAAGGAAGUUCGAUUAUGAUUGGUAGGUGGAUUGAGCUGAGUUGUGCAUUUAAAUUUGAUUCGCAAGUCAUUUAUAAAGGUGAGUAUAAAAAUGGGAAUAAAAUUAGUAGAUGGGAUAUUUUAUUUAGAGGAGAAAAUAAUGAAGAAUUUAAAUAGAUGUAAAAUAUAUAUGUUUAAUUAUGUAUAAAUUAGCAAUGGUGGAGGAUCAUAUCAUGAUCAUGUUGAAGGAAGUUCAAUUAAGAUUUGGAAAUGGAUUGAGUUGAAUGAUGAAUUUAUUUGGAGCUGGUAAAUUACUUUUAAUGGCGAAUAUUAAAAUAAUAAAAAAGUUGGUAGAUGGGAUAUUUGGUAUAAGGAUUAAGAGACAAAAAUGUAUAAAUAAAUGUAUGGAGUAAAAAAUUUAUUUAUAGUGGAGCCGGAUCAUAUCAUGAUGAUGAAGAUUCAAGUAAGAUUGGAGAAUGGAUUGAAUUAAGUGAUGAAUCCAAUUGGUAUUGGUAAAUUACUUUUAGAGGAGAAUAUAAAAAUAAUAAAAAAGUUGGUAUAUGGGAUACUUGUUUUAAAGAUUAUCAAAAAAAAGAAUUAAAAGAUGUAUGUAGUUUAAAUUAAUUUCUAAUGGAGGUGGAUCAUAUAAUGAUGAAGGAAUACAGAUAGGGUAAUGGAUUGAAUUGAGCGAUAGGUCUAAUGCAAAGUUUUUGAUCACCUUUAAUGGUGAAUAUAUUGAUGGUAAAAAGGCUGGAAGAUGGAAUAUUUAUUGGAAAAAGAAUAGUGAAGAUAAAUAAAAUGAAAAGAUUUAUUAAUAAUAAUUUUUAAGUAUAAGUGGUGGUGGAAUAUAUUAUGAAAAAAUGGAAGGAUACUCAAUUAAGAUUGGUAUAUGGACUGAAUUGAGUGAUGAAUCUAAUUAUAAUUGUUAACUCACAUCUAAUGGCAAAUAUGAAAAUGGGAAAAAAUUUUGGAAUAUGGAGGGAAAUGUAUAGAAAAUGAAAUGA